AUGAUCGCUCUGCUUGUCAUUAUUCUCCUCUGCCUUGGUUACGACUAUGUAAAAACAUCCGCUUUUGAACUUCCUUGGGACCAAAGAAGUGAAAUUUCAUCUACACAGAGUCCUGACGAUCAAUCGCAAACGGAAGAAUCAAAUGGUUCAAUGACUGUUGAAGCGGAGGCUCAGAAGGAAAUCUCCGAUUCACUAAACUCAACACAAAAACCGCCUGAACCGGAUACAGGAGUCGUAUCUUCAGAAUCAAUGGGCUCACUUGCAACAAGCAUACCAGGUUUUGCUCUACUUGCCUCCGGAAGCACUGUCACACCUACAACAAAAACAUCUGACAACUCAGCUUUGAAUACGAGCUCCGAUCAAUCGUCUACCCCAAAUCCACCUACUUUAAUAUCAACCAAAAAUAAAACUGAAACACUUCCCUUGCGCAAUGAAACAUCGAUGGCAGUUUCUCAAAAGAAGGCGAAUGCUGCCCACAAUCCUUUGGCCCAUUACAGUGAGGCGGAUCAGGCGUGGCUUAGUGCCGACUCCUUCGAGUCUGAAACAGUUUUUGAUGAGUUCUCGAUUGAUCCAUGUCAAUUUUUGACUGAUCAAAUUAAUCACCACCUUCCAUAUCAUAUUUCACGCAACAUGAUGCAUGAUUUCGCAAUUCGUUACGACUUUGGACACUUAAACGACUACCGUUACAUCUCCAUUGAAAAACAACUGCAAGCCUGUGCGGAGUAUUAG